GGCUACCACAUGUCACCCAAGUUGAAUCCGAAAGUCCGAAACCCUACCAAAGGUCACCGCCGCUAAAGCCUAAAAGGAUGUCGUCCAGGCAAAGGAAGGCGGCGAGGAAAGGGGGGGCAAGACCACUGUAGUAAUGGUGAAAGUACAUAAAGAAUGUAAGGACUGUGAAAUGCAAUUCUGCAAUGCUCUGCGAUCUUUUGAUGAAAAUUGAUAGGGGUUCACGAUUUCUUGUUUUCAUCGCUAGUUUUAGGGUUUCAGGCUUUCAGCUCCUUACCUCCUCCUCCACCAUGGGAAAUUUGCUUCUGGAGAGGUAUCUAUACGGGCGCUCUGGAAUCCAUCGCGUGAAUAGAUCUGUCAAUGCAGUUGUUGGGAAGAGGAAAUUGAAAUUGCGUCGCAAGUUUGCUAGUAGGCAAGUGGAUGCUGAGGGUCAUGAUGGUGGUGCAGCCCCGGAAGAAACAACAAUGGAAAAGAUGCAAGAAAAUCAUGCACGGAAUGGGAUUGGCAAUGGCAUGCACUUAGACAACGGGAAAAAGAGCUUUGAAGGUUAUUGCGAAGAGAGCCUCCUUGAAGAUUUGCAUAGAGACAUGUAUGCAUACCGCUUGAACGACCUAGUUGAUCAUCAGGUUCGAUUUCUUCGCGACUUAGUUGAUGAUCCAACUUGGAGAGAGAUAAGAUAUGCUUAAGUGAUGAAUGGAGCCUGACUGAGAAGGAUGAAUGGUUCUACUUAUGCAUGCACAUCUGCAGUGCGGAGUUUCUACCU